AUGUCGUCCUUCUUCAACUUUCCCCCUAGUGGUGAUAGGGAAGACAGAGACCACACCCAUGAAAUGGCCAUGCAUGCAGUGAAUUUGUAUUCCAUAAUACUGCUUCUUUUAGUUAACUUUUCACAAGCACAAGUAUUACAUGGCUAUGAAGACCAGUACAAUUUAACAGUAGGAAGUACCUCUGUAAAUCAUGAAUAUCAAAUCCAUGCCCCUUUGAGGCAAAAACGCGAAGCAACUUCUCUUCAGGAAUAUGUUAUCGAUAUUGAGGUGUUUGUCACUAUUCCUGAUGAAUCCUAUCUAGAUGGACUGAAACAAUUCUUGAAGAAAAUACCAUAUCCUCUUAAUGUUGAACAAAAUGUUAAUGUUACAGAUGGGGUCCUUACAACAACUUGCACUCAAAAUGGUGAAUACACACAGUGCGAGUGUGAAAAAGAUUAUGCCUGGUCUUCUACAAUCUGCAACAAAUACAGAUCUUGCUCAGGAGAAUAUGCUAUCACCUGUGAUUGCAUCCAAGUGGCUUCACCAGAUGGACUCUAUUGCCUGGCAAAAUCUUUUUUUGUUCUAAAAAUGAGUUUUUCGAUGGAUAAAGAAUUUGUACCUGCUCUAAAUAAUAUAUCAUCCCCGGAAUAUAACCAGUACAAAAGUGACAUUGAAGAGGCAAUAAUUCAGAGUUAUUCUGGAACUGUAAUGGGUAUUCAGACAGUAGCAGUCACAGGUUUCAGAAGCGGCAGUGUUAUUGUAGACUAUGAGAUAGCAACAACUGGGACAUUAUCAUCCUCCAUCUUGCAGGCAGGAAACAACAAAAUAACAUCAUCUCUUCUUGAGAAAGGCUAUAACGUUAACGCAGCAUCUUUUACCGGAUUUCAAGGGUUAUGUAAUAACUCGGACUACGGUGUUGGACAGGACCUUGACAUAAUUAAAACAGCAUGCCCAGCACAACAGAUUGGAAAUAUCAAUGUACAAUGCAAAAAUGGGGAAUGGUGUAUCAUAGAGAACACAUGUGUAUUAAAAGAAAUCAAUAACAUUCUGUCUAACGCUCAGAAUCUGACAAACAGCCCAGAACCAGUAACUGAGCUACCCAUCUUAAUUGAACAGCUAAAUAAUACUUCAACAGUGUUUAAAAACAAUAUAACUUCAUCAGCUGCAACCAUUUCCUCAGUGGUUGAUAUAUUGACAAUCUUUUCAAACACUGCUAAAAAUGUCACCAUUACUGAGGCUGAAUUGGGGGGAUUUAUUGGAACAGUGAACAAUAUAAUAGGAUCGGAAUCAAUAAAAUCCUGGGAUGCCUUAAAUAAUCAAAAUGCUGAUAGUACCAGCUCUCGUUUAUUGCAGUCAGUGGAACUUUUCGCUACGUCAUUCUCUACAAAUUCUUUUUUCAAACUAGAAACAAACAACAUUAAAUUGAAUGCGAUUAAAAUAACUAACAAUGACAUUGCAUACAAUGAGAGCUUUAAAUUUAAUAAUACAGUCCAUGGUAGUGUAUCUAUUCCUUCAUCAGAACUAAGCACUCUUCCUGUUAUCGUUAGCAUUGCUUACUUAAACAUUUCAGACAUCCUCCCACUCAGAAACAACACAACAAAAGGAAAAGUAAAUGGCAUUGUGUUGACGACAGUAGUGAAUAGCGUAAUUAAAAAGGUUUCCUUGGACUUUGAAAUGAAAAACACUUUUUUGGAUAAACCUGAGUGUGUCUUUUGGAACUUCACUCUCUUCAACAACACAGGAUCAUGGGAUACGUCUGGCUGUACAUCAGUGAUAUUGGGAAACAACGUUCGCUGUCAAUGUGAACACUUGACUUCCUUCUCAAUCUUAAUGUCACCCAAAGACCCGUGUAAAAUAUGUACUUACAUUACUUAUAUCGGAUUGGGCAUCUCCAUAGGAAGCUUAGUCUUGUGCCUCCUUAUUGAAGCAAUUGUAUGGCACAGUGUGAACAAAAAUAAAACCUCUUACAUUCGACACGUUUCAAUUGUGAACCUCGCUUUAUCUUUGUUGAUCGCUGAUAUAUGGUUCAUCAUAGGGGCUGCGAUUAAUGCAAACACAGCAGCCUGCAGUGCAGCCACUUUUUUUACUCACUUUUUCUACCUGGCCUUAUUCUUCUGGAUGUUAACUUUAGCUAUUCUGCUUUUCUUCCGAGUAAUCCUGGUCUUCAAAGACCUAGGCAAGUCACAAAUGCUGGCAAUUGCAUUCUGCCUUGGCUAUGGCUGCCCACUUAUUAUUGCUGUUAUCUCGGUAGCUGUUACUGCCCCUAAGAGUAAUUACACAAGAACAGAUGCAUGUUGGCUCAACUGGGAUAACACCAUGGUCCUUCUUGCUUUUGUUAUACCUGCCCUGGUCAUAAUUACCAUCAAUUUGAUCAUACUGAUUGUGGUAAUUGUCAAGAUGCUAAGAAGAACUAUUGGAGACAUGUCUAGGGCUGAAGAAACAAGCACCUUAAAAGUAGUUGCUAGAUGCAUCGCCAUCUUAACACCAUUUCUUGGUCUUACCUGGGGAUUUGGAAUUGGAACAUUGCUUGCACCUGACAACGAGGGAAUCCAUGUUGUGUUCACAGUGCUCAAUGCAUUUCAGGGAUUCUUUGUUCUAGUCUUUGGAACCCUAUUGGACAGUAAGGUAGGUUUCAUAAUCUUUUUUAAUAUUAUUAAACGAGUGUUGAGAAAUUAG